GGAAAACUGUCCUUUUCACUUCAACACAUACUACAAACAUAUCAUAAAGUAGGGUCCCACACAAUCUCAUUCCGGCUUCACUCUAGCACGCUCGCUAGAUGAUCAUCCGCAUCAAAAACAGAAAAACUAAAAUCAAAACUGCUCGUCUCCUUCUACUCCUUCCACCUGUCUCUACCCAUUUAUGAAUAUGACCGCCUCCCGAUCUGUAAAUGAAGAAACCCUCGUCGGGACUGCGACAAUUGGCUUUCCAGCGAAGGCGAUCAUCGGCUACAAUGCUUCUCUCCUCCGCUGCUGGUGACCUCGCCGACAACGACAUGCUCUCGGAAACUGCCUCCGCGGCCCUUCUCCGCAGGACCCUCGUCGUUGUUCUCUUUUUCACUGUCGCAACUCUCUCUUGCGUCGUCUUAUACAGGGCCGUCGACUCACUUCCCUUCUUCAUUCGCUCUUCCGCAGACCCUUCCGCCGCUCUGCACUACAUUUUCCCCUCCGCCGCCGAUGUUUCUCCUUCGGUCAGCUCCAAUUUCGACGAUUCUCCUUCGGAUUGUGAGGAGUUUAGGCUUGAAAGAGUUUUGAAGGAUGCUGCCAUGGAAGACAAAACUGUUAUUUUAACAACUUUAAAUGAAGCAUGGGCAGCUCCAAAUUCAGUAAUUGAUCUUUUCCUUGAGAGCUUCAGGAUUGGAGAUCACACGCGCAAACUUUUAAGCCAUCUGGUGAUUAUUGCUUUGGAUCAGAAGGCAUUUUCUCGUUGUUUGGUCUUACACAACCAUUGCUUUGCUUUAGUCACUGAAGGAGUGGAUUUCUCCAGGGAAGCGUAUUUUAUGAGCCCUGAUUACUUGAAGAUGAUGUGGAGAAGGAUUGAUUUCUUACGUUCUGUGCUUGAGAUGGGGUACAACUUUGUUUUCACGGAUGCUGAUGUCAUGUGGUUCAGGGACCCAUUUCCACGCUUUGAUUUGGAUGCAGAUUUCCAGAUUGCAUGUGAUCAUUACUUUGGCACAUCGAAUGAUGUUGAAAACACACCCAAUGGCGGGUUCAACUAUGUGAAGUCCAAUAACCGGUCAAUAGAAUUUUACAAGUUCUGGCACGCCUCGAGCAAAAUUCACCCAGGAUACCAUGAUCAAGAUGUCCUCAAUAUGAUCAAACAUGAUCCUUUUAUCACAGAAAUUGGACUGAAAAUGAGAUUUUUGGAUACCGCCUACUUUGGUGGGCUUUGUGAGCCUAGCAAAGAUUUGAGUCAAGUCUGUACAAUGCAUGCGAACUGUUGUCUCGGUCUGGAUAGCAAGCUUCAUGAUCUCAGAAUUAUGCUUCAGGAUUGGAAGCAAUUUAUGACCUUGCCACCAAAUAUGAAGAGAUCUUCAACCAUGUCUUGGAGGGUUCCACAGAACUGCAGUCUUGAUGCUCUCCGCCAUUAUGAUUCCCCCCAAAUACCAGGAAUGGGAAAAUUGAUUUGAAUUCGAUAGCAAUGUAUGUAUCCUUAUUAGCAUCUUUUCCAUGGAGGUCGACAUGUGAAUUUUCAGGUUUAUAGCAAUGUGUAGAAUGAAUUUCAUUGAUUUUGAUUUUUUUUUUUUUUUAAUGAAUCCCACAUGAUACGUAGCUCAAUAUGAAUAUCCAUUUGUAUAUAUAAAUUUUGGCAUUGUUGAGUUAAAAAUUUUGGUCAUAAUGAAUUUCAGCGCUGUUCCUUGGUGGGAAGCCUAUGUUUUGCCC